CCUCCGCAACAACCACCAUUUUUUUUCCUAAAAUGGCGAAAUUACCCUUCCUCUCGACGUUCCUCCUCCUCCUCCUCUCGCUUCUGUCCCUCACUACUGCCGAGAUCAAAACCCUAACCAUCACUGCCGACUCCCGCCCCAUGAUUCUCUUUGAAAAAUUCGGAUUCACCCAUACCGGCCACGUCACCAUCUCCGUCAGCUCCGUUUUUGUUUCUUCCUCAACCUCCGCCCCUAACCCUAACCCUUCCCGUCUCGGUUUCUUCCUCCUCUCCGAAGAAUCCCUCCUUCAAGUCCUCGUCGAGAUCCAACAAAACCCUAACUUCUGCGUCCUCGAUUCGCACUACAUUCUAAAAUUGUUCAACUUCCGUGACCUCUCUCCGCCGCCUCUCUCGCGCUUCAAUCAAUCGUAUCCCGUCACGGCUCCCAAUGAAUACUCUCUCUUCUUCGCCAAUUGCGCGCCGGAAACUCAGGUCACAAUGAACGUACGGACCGAAAUUUAUAACUUGGAUCGCGAUGGUUCGAGGGAUUAUCUCUCAGCCGGUUUGACUCAACUGCCUUCGUUGUUUUUCUUCUUCUCGUUCUUGUACGUAGCGUUUGUUGGAAUCUGGAUCUACGUUUGUGUCACGAACAAGAGAUCGGUUCAUAGAAUUCACUUGUUGAUGGCGGGGUUGCUUUUGAUGAAGGCGUUGAAUCUUAUUUGCGCUGGGGAGGAUAAGCAUUUCGUGAAAGUCAGCGGGACGCCUCACGGUUGGGAUGUAUUGUUUUAUAUAUUCCAAUUUUUGAGGGUCGUUUUGCUUUUUACGGUGAUCGUUUUGAUCGGGACGGGGUGGUCGUUUUUGAAACCAUUUUUGCAAGAGAGGGAGAAGAAAGUGUUAAUGAUUGUGAUUCCAUUACAGGUUUUGGCCAACGUGGCUUCGAUUGUGAUUGGUGAAACGGGGCCGUUUAUUAAAGAUUGGGUGACAUGGAACCAGGUGUUCUUGUUGGUAGAUAUUAUCUGCUGUUGCGCCAUUAUCUUCCCGAUUGUGUGGUCGAUUAGGUCUUUGAGGGAGACAUCGAAGUCUGAUGGGAAGGCGGCCAGAAACUUGGCGAAAUUAACAUUGUUUAGGCAGUUUUAUAUUGUGGUGAUUGGGUACUUGUAUUUUACGCGAAUUGUGGUGUUUGCCCUUAAGACCAUUGCUGCGUAUAAGUAUCAGUGGGUGAGCAAUGCAGCUGAGGAGACAGCGAGUUUGGUGUUCUAUAUGGUGAUUUUCUAUAUGUUUAGGCCAGUGGAGAGGAAUGAGUACUUUGUUCUUGAUGAGGAGGAAGAAGAAGCUGCCGAGAUGGCCCUCAGGGAUGAAGAGUUUGAGCUGUGAAUUCGGUAAAUUGUUACAAUACGAUCAUUUGGAUUUUUGUUUACAGGUUGCACAAGCUAGAGUGUGAUAUCCUUUCAUCUAUCUCUUGUAAGUUGAGCUUUUGGUGAAAAUUGAUAAAGAUCCUGUAAUUCUGCAUGGAUUAUGAAAUCCAUGGAGUAUGUGUGUGGUUAGAAGAGGUGAAUAUUAAAAGUUCUACUAGGGUUGCACUUAGUGGGAAACCUGUGAUUUCAACCAGUUAUCAAGGGUUCAAAUCCGUGUUAAAACUACAUCAACUUUUAGAGAAAGGUCCAAGAAUUUCAGGGAUUUUUAGGUGUAAAAGAAAGUGUCAGAGUGGUUAGUUUUAACUAUGCACUGCUAAGUUAUGCAACAUUUAGUGCAUGUUUGAAUUGAUAAACAUGCAUCUGCAUACUUGUGAUGCUUAUUCAUUAAGUUUUGAAUUGAAUGCAUCAAAUGAGUGCAUUAUUUGGAAAAGACUGCAAUUUUCUUUUUCGUUUUCUUCAAUCUCCUUUACCCUUCAGUUAAUUUGUUAAUAAGAGGGAUGCUAGCAACACUCUCUGUGUCACUCUCUUACUCUCCUCUUAACACGUGUAAAAGAUAAACUGAUCACCUUGUUUUUUUGGGGUUAGGCUAUUGUAAUACAAACUUUUGACACAAAUUUUUGGCUAUUAAUCUAAUGUAAUCCAAUGGAUAAGAGAAAGAAGUUAAAAGUAGUUAUUUUUAUUACCAACUUGGGAACUUCUAAUUCAUUAGAUCAUUCGAUCAAUGGUUAAGAAUUUAUGUCAAAAAUCUGUGUUCCGAUAGCUUGACCCUUUUUUAAUAUAUUAUUAAGUUGUGACUUUCUUUGUCUUUUAUACAUGUGUCAAGAUGGGAGUGAAAGAGUGAUAAAGAGAGUUUUGUUAGCAUUUCUCAUAUUAGCAACA